GUAUAAAAAUGCAAGUUUCGCUAAAAAUAUCAGUAUUUAGUUCGAAUCAAAAUUAAUUGCAUCCAAUCGUGAUUAAAAUGAUUUCUGCCAUUGCUUUUAUCAGCCUGCUAGCUGUUGCAGCAGCUUCUCCAGUGCCAAAGGCGAAUCCUGACCCAUCUGUAGAACACAUUCCUCUUGUAUAUACUGCUCCUGUGACAACUUACUACUACACUUAUUCCACCCCUGUUGUACAUCAUGCUGCUCCAGUUGUAACUUAUGUUGCUCCGGUUCAUUACAGUUAUUCUACAUGGUAGAAAAAAGACAUAAACGUUUCUGUAAUAAUUGAUGUGUAAUAGUAAAAGGAAAUGUUACAGUUUUCAUCCAAUUUCUAAAUGUAGGUUUUGUAGAUAUAGUAUAUCAAUUUUUUUACGAUGUAUUUUAUUUUUAACCCUUUAGAAAACAUUAUAAGUAACUAAACUAUA